GUUGUAUUCACUAUCGUACAUAGACCUCAGUAUCACAAUAUUCACGACAUCCUCCAGUCUUUCCAGCAUGGCGUCAUCUUCACAGAGCACGUCGGAAGAAUCGUUUCUGAUCUGCACGGCUCUUCGAUAUGAUCCUCUCCUUCUUGGGUCAAUCGAAAACUCCCGUCCGGCACUGAACUUUGUUUCGCCUUCUCCUUUCUACAUGCUCGUCUAUCAUCGGGAUCGCCUUCUAGAAGCAGCCCAGCACUUUGAGUUUCCUGCUGUGGUGGAUGUACUGCAGGAUGGAGAAGCCUUGCACAAGGCCAUUCUGAAGGAAGUGGAGAGACAUGUUGAGGAGACUGGGAAGGAUGUACCCUUGAAAGUUAGGGUACUGUUUGAGAAAAGUGGGAAGAUGAUCGUAGAUUUGGCACCAGUUGCUGCAACGUCUUUGCAAAACCUAUAUCCAGCCUCACUCGAUCCGCCGGGGAAAAGGGAGCUUACACCCCAUCCAGCGCAACGACAUGCAGAAACAAAAGCUUUUGAGCCAUCUGCACUAACAGGAGGCGCCCUGGAGCUGGGUCCCACGGACUCAUUGCCGUCUCAAGCAUCACCCGCGGAAUGGCUUCUUCGCUUGGACAAGGAUGCCACACCCUCCUCUCCUUUUACAUUGCUCAAAACUACCGUGAGAGAUUUAUACAAUACCUCCCGCGCCCGUGCACUGCCCACGAAUCCGCAAAAUCCGAGAUUCGUCGAAGUGAUUCUGUACAACGAGUGCAACGAACUCACUGAAGGCACUGUCACGUCACUCUACUUCUUUCGUGGUGGCCGAUGGGUAACACCUCCUGUGGGUGUACCCGCUGGAGCAUUCACGGCAACCACUUUGAAGGAAGGAGAUGGGGAAGGCUGGGACGAAGGGGAACUUAGGAAACCUUUUGCUGGGCGUUGGGGACACAGCGUCAGGAGCUCCAAGGUGGGCGCUGGUGGGCAAAGGGGUACUACGAGGAGGUGGGCAUUGAUUCAGGGCAUGUGCAUGGAGGAAACUGUUGGUGUUGAUACCGUGCAGGUGGGUGAGAGGGUAUGGGUGAGUAAUGGAGUGGUUGGCUUUGGCUUCGGUAGAGUGGUGGACUAGCGUAAAGCGGUAACAAUAUUGCUAACCGUCGUCUCCGCGCAGGAAAACUAUGCCCUAGCCUUGUCAAAGACAGCAAUGGCAUGGAGUGAUGUCUCUGCAAGUCGUUCACCCUCAGCACGGACCUCCCUCGGGAAACAUUCGACGCUUGCUUUUCUCCAACUCACCGAUAUCUUCUGACAGCAUAGGGUGUUGGCCUGACUGCUUCGUUACCGACUACUCCGGCGCGGUAUGAUAGCAAUCAAGAGAAUCGCCGCCAACACGUUACGUCGCAUGUGGUUGAGCCUACCAGCUGCUCGUCGCGGUGGGUGUCAGGGUUUCGAAAGGCACAAAGCACACGCAGGAACGCCGACUUGGAGACAUGCAGUCAGCACUUAGCCAGACACUUCUGCUCUCCUAACUUUCCAUCACGAUGCAGAUUCGACCGGCACAUCGGAUUUAC